CUCUCUCUCUCUUUGCGGAGAAUCCUCCCUCCCUGGGGAGGGUUCUUAAACUGCCAACCACCCAGAUCAACAUGAGGGUUCUUAAGUAUCGUGAGGUAAGUCUCAAACCGCCCGGAUGAACAUUCAUUGCCCAGAGAAAACAAAAAUGCAAAACUGAAACAAAAAUGGGUCAAACCCAGCCCGGAAGCCUAAAAUUAACCCUAACCCUAAUCAGACCAAAAUCACUCAGCCACACAACAUGAGAACCGCCAACCACCACCCCGCAUCAGACCAAAAUCUUUUUUUGUUUGUUGCAUACCAUGUGUUUGUGAAAAUGGCCCAAUGGGGAGCCAAAUCCCUAAUUCAAGGAGGUAUUGUGUAGUUGUACUCGCAUGUGUGGCUAAUAUUGAUUAAUGCAGGUGAGAUUACAAUAGUUAGUGUAAUUAGUGUUGCGCUUGGAAAAAUGGAGGUAAAUAAUUGGCCUAAUAAUUCCUUGCACGUAGUCUUGUAAAUGAAGAGGUCACAACCUCAUGUAUUGUUCCCUGGCAAUGUACAUGAAGAGGUAGUGUAGUAGAUUGUGUGGGUUUCAAACUAUUUUGUAUUCCUUGCUCCUAGUCUUGUAAUUUCCCUUGGUUUUUCGGUUCUUUGUAAAUGUGUUUCUGAAAUUGGCAUUGCACCAACUGAGUGUGAAGAUAGGCAUGUAGACCACCUUUGGUCACUCUUUUCAAAAGACGGCAAACAAUUGCCGAGAGGAGUUAUUGUUAAAAUGUUGGAGACAGUGUUGGAAGAGGAGGAAGCGGGAUUUCAAGUUUCAGACUGCUUACGCCCUAUUUGCUUUGUCAUGCUUCAUGUGUCCAACAACAAAGGAUGUCGCAGCUCCAAGGGAUGAGUCUAUCCCAGGACACUAUGUCCCUUAAGCGGAAACGACAAGAACCAAUUGCACAACAAACUAAGACACCUGAGAGUUUACUGUUAAGUCUUAUCAAAAGUAAAGGAGAUAUGGGAAUCUGGAAAGCAGACAUGAAACGAGAGACGAAUCUUCCUGAACCCGUGGUCAAUAAAGCCCUCAAGAUACUCCAAGCCAGGAAUUUGAUAAAAGAGGUCGUUAAUGUAAAAAGCAAGGGGAGAAAACAUUAUAUGGCUACUGAGUUUCAACCCUCAAAGGAAGUCACUGGUGGUUCAUGGUAUGCGGAUGGUGUUCUUGAUAUAGAAUACAUUCGUGUUCUGAGAGAGUCGUGCUUAAGAAUCGUAAAGAAGAUGAAGGUUGCUACAACAGAAGAAAUUUCCGAGUUUAUCACUAGGAAUAAAAUUACCAAGGCUGAUUGCACAAGACAACAAAUUGAAGAGAUACUGAGUUCUAUGGUUUUAGACAAUGAGAUUAUUGAGGUUAAGAGCACUGGAUUAGGGGAAUAUCAUAAAAUUCCUAUUGGAACUGACUGUUAUAGAGCUGCAAGCGGGAUGGGGCUAGGACAAGGGGCAAAAAUUGGUGCUAUGGCUUCAAUUCCAUGCGGCGUUUGUUCCCGGAUAAAUCAGUGCACACCUGAUGGCAUUAUCUCUCCGAAGACCUGUAUCUACUAUGAGAAAUGGUUGGAUUUUUGAGUGUUUUUACUUUAUUUCCUAAACAUUCGAGAAUUUUUCUUUUAAAAUUGUUUAUGAUGUUUUUUUUAUAUGUUCUGUUGACAGAUAUGGUUUAUGGUUUUUGUUAUUUACGGGUCUCAUAAGCUCAUCAUUUGUUUUUUUUA